CAAUCACGGCCCCUCCUGGGCCGUAGCCCCGCCCACCUGCGCGCCGCCGCUGUCCUGUUGUGGGCGGGGCCUCGCCCGUCCGGCGGCCAAUCAGCCCCGCGCUGCUUGGCGGGAAGCGUCACUUCCGGCGGAAGCGGCGGCGGCGGCGGCCCGAGGAUGUUUUACCACAUCUCCCUGGAGCACGAGAUCCUCCUGCACCCCCGGUACUUCGGGCCCAACCUGCUCAACACCGUCAAACAGAAACUCUUCACCGAGGUGGAGGGGACCUGCACCGGCAAGUACGGGUUCGUCAUCGCGGUCACCACCAUCGAUAACAUCGGGGCCGGGGUGAUCCAGCCGGGGCGGGGCUUCGUGCUGUACCCGGUGCGCUACAAGGCGAUCGUGUUCCGGCCCUUCAAGGGAGAGGUGGUGGACGCCGUGGUCACCCAGGUCAACAAGGUCGGGCUGUUCACCGAGAUCGGGCCCAUGUCCUGCUUCAUCUCCCGCCACUCCAUCCCCUCGGAGAUGGAAUUCGACCCCAACUCCAACCCCCCCUGCUACAAAACCGUGGACGAGGACAUCGUGAUCCAGCAGGACGACGAAAUUCGGCUGAAGAUCGUGGGAACGCGCGUGGACAAGAACGACAUCUUCGCCAUUGGCUCCUUGAUGGACGAUUACCUGGGCCUCGUCAGCUGAGCACCAGGAGCACCCAGGACUCCUCCCUAGUUGUGCCCCCCCCAAAUUUUGGGGUGCCCCCUCCCCAAAUUUUGGGACUCCCCCCCAGUUUUGGGGGGUUCUGGCGGCAGGGCCACCCCUGGAGCUGGGGGGGCUCUGCCUUUCUCCUCUACAUUCCCAAUAAAAGCCUUUUUCACCA